GCUGUCAAAUAAUAAUUGGUAAACGACGCCGGCAAUCGUUUACGCGUAGAAAUUAUAUAUUUUUUAAAAUAGCUCAAAAAAGCAUAAAGUUGCUAGCUACAAAAUGUCUUUCAAAGGCAAUACAAAGGUCCAAAAGGUGAUGGUACAACCCAUCAAUCUGAUCUUUCGUUAUCUACAGAAUCGUUCGCGCGUACAAGUAUGGCUUUAUGAAAACGUUUCGCUGCGCAUCGAGGGACACAUUGUUGGUUUCGAUGAAUAUAUGAAUCUGGUGCUGGACGAUGCCGAGGAAGUUUGGGUGAAGACGCGUACACGCAAGAAUCUUGGACGCAUCAUGCUGAAGGGUGAUAACAUAACAUUGAUACAGAAUGUAAGCCCGUCAAAAGACUAAGCGGCGCAGCAAAAGUGAGGUUAUGUGCCACAGUAACCGAAAGAGCGCAAUUCUGGGGAAAGUGGCGUUCCCAAAUGUAGGCGACUAGUGGAACAUCUAGACUUUAAUAUUAUGCAUAAAAUUAAACUAAUACCGUAAUUUCUUUACUACAUUUACUUAAACUGUAUGCAAAAUCUGUAUUUUCUAUGAUGCACCAAUAAGAACUCAGAUUGCACAAUGGUGGAU